CACAAAUCUAGGCAGCCGAACAUGUAAGGGAUAAGCAGCCUAGACCUUAUAUUUUGUCAUUCGAGGCUAACGCGUGUAAUAAGCUGUAUGGGCGUUGACUGCCAGGUAGCUAAGGCUAUGCUUCAGCAUAUGGAGGAACAUUCGACGACGGCUGCCGAAACUUUACAGCUUGAAGGCGGGUUAGGUUUCUGUACUCGCCGAGCUGUGGAAUGUGCAGCCCCGCUCGAAACAUCUCGACAUUUACUGCCACUCCCGCUGUGUCACUCAAAUUCAUACCUAACUUUGACCCAUAUCUGUAAGCGGCAAGAGAUGGAGAUUACCUGGAAAUCCAUAGUCGUGUUCAUCCUCGCCUUUUUAGGGCUGAUUGUCGUCCUAGUGCUGUGCACAAGAUGGCUCGACCUGCGAGGAAGAUUAGCUCGUCUAUGGGCUAGGAAUAAGGGAAACUCGGAGCCUGGCCUGCCGAUUUCGAUCGAGAGCGCACUGAUACAACUAGAGAGUGCCACUGACAAGAGACCGGCGCGCAAUUCCCUGACGGAGUUGGAGGAUGCUGAAUGUCCUAUAUGCCUAGCGUAUCUCUACCCUAACAGCGCUCGCCCAUCUACAUCGGCAGCCGACCAUGAAGCAGAUCUAGAGACGGGAAACGGUAUGUCGAGAUCGCCUACGAUCAUCACAGUGGCUUCGGACGGAGCUGUGGAGAAGGGCCCGCCCACAAAACCAAGUCACGACGAAGUACUGAAGAUGAAAAGAUGCAGACACAUUUUCCACGCCAAAUGCCUGGCCAAGUGGUUUCUGCGAAAGGAGUACCGAUGUCCGGUCUGCCGGGUUACAUAUUACCAGGAGGAGGAGGAGGCAGAGGCAGAGGACUAUCGCAUGGCAGCUUUAAUGCCAGUUGCCGUAGUGUGGUACACUUCUUUAGGUAUCUGUUAAGGAAGAAUGAGAGAUCCUAUGACGGAUAAGAACUACCUUAGGCGGGCAUUAAGGCGAUAGGUUAGGUACCUAGGUAUGUAGUGGGGAGGAUAUGAUGACUUCAAGAAGAAGGGGAAAAAAGAAGUCUGCGGUCGUUUAGAAUCGAUCUUAGAUGAUUCGGACGAUUAGCCGCGUUUGGCAUUGAUGUCGAGAAGUUGAUAAUAGAGAUCAAAUGGGGCCUAGGUACCAAGGUACCUAUGGAAUGGGUAUUGGUAAUGAGGUUACCUAGGUAAUUUGUACAUCAAUCUAUUAAAGACAACUGAAUUUGGUCCAUUUAUCGAUAGGCAAAUGAUCAAGCAUUUGAACUUCUUCGUUUAAGGUACGCGCUUAGCAACUCUCUUUUAAAACAGACUAAAAUAAAUAGGUACA